CCCCCGGGGCUGCAGUGGUUGAGUCCUGCCCAGCCCUGGCGCAGUCCGAGCGAGGAUGCGAGGAGAGGGCUGAGGCUGUGGCGCCCCCUGCGGGUCGAGGCCGAUGGCCGCGGAGGUGCCCUCGGGCACGGCUCUGGUGCCAGAGCUGGAGCCGCUGCGCUGUGGCAUCUGCGGGCACCACUUCUGCUGCCCCAAGGUGCUGCCCUGCCUGCACUCCUUCUGCCAGAGGUGCCUGCAGGGCUAUGUGCCCGCGCAGAGCCUGACGCUGUCGUGCCCGCUGUGCCGCCGCAGCUGCAUCGUGCCCGCCGGGGGGGUGGCCGCGCUGCAGGACAACCUCUUCCUGACCGGGCUGAUGGAGCAGCUCCAGCGCCCGCCCCCCGCGCAGCCCCCCGGCAGCCCCCCCCCGCCCGCCCCCCCGCAGCCGCUCUGCUGCCCCAACCACGAGGGCAAGGUGAUGGAGUUCUACUGCGAGCCCUGCGAGACUGCCAUGUGCCAGGAGUGCACCGGCGGCGAGCACCGAGGGCACCGCACGGUGCCCCUGCGGGACGUGCUCCAGCAGCACAAAGCUGCCCUGCAGCUCCAGCUCGACGCCGUCCGUGCCAGGCUGCCGCAGCUGUCGGCUGCCAUCGGGCUGGUGUCGGAGAUCAGCAGGCAGCUCGGCGAGCGCCGCGCGGAGGCUGCCGCCGAGAUCGGUGCCACCUUCCAGGAGCUGGAGGAGGCUCUGCGCCAGCGCCGGGCAGCGCUCGAGCGCGACCUGGAGGCCACCUGCGCUGCCAAGCAGAAGGUGCUGUCGGCGCAGCUGGAGGCGCUGCGGCAGGGCCAGGCGCACAUCGCCAGCAGCCUGCGGCUGACCGAGCGCGUCCUGGAGCGAGGCUCCGCGCCCGAGGUGCUGCUGGUGCGGAAGCAGAUGUGGGAGCGCCUGGCGGAGCUGGCGGCGCAGCGCCUGCCCGAGCAGCCCCACGAGAACGCGCAGCUCGACUACUGCGCCGACCCCGAGCCCCUGCGCCAGGGCAUCCGCGCCCUGGGCACCCUGGUCACCACCAGCGCCACGGCGCACCAGACGGUGGCCACGGGCGAGGGGCUGCGGCAGGCCGUGGUGGGGCAGCCCGCGUCGCUCAGCGUCACCACCAAGGACAAGGACGGGGAGCUGGUGCGCAGCGGCAGUGCCAGGCUGCGCUUCCAGGUGACGGGCGCGGACGGGACGGCGGCCGAGGCGGAGGUGCUGGACAACCGGAACGGCACCUACGAGCUGCUGUACACGGCGCGGGGCGAGGGCGAGCUGCUGCUCUCCAUCCUGCUCUACGGACAGCCCAUCCGCGGCAGCCCCUUCCGCGCCCGCGCACUGCGCCCCUGCGACCUGCCCGCGGCCGCCGACGACGCCAAGCGCAGGGUCAAGUCCCCGGGGGCGGGGGGCGGCGGCGGCCACGUGCGGCAGAAGGCGGUGCGGAGACCCUCGAGCAUGUACGGCAGCGGCAAGCGCAAGGACAACCCCAUCGAGGACGAGCUCAUCUUCCGCGUGGGCAGCCGCGGGCGGGAGAAGGGAGAGUUCAGCAACCUGCAGGGCAUCUGCGCCUCCAGCAGCGGCCGCAUCGUGGUGGCUGACAGCAACAACCAGUGUGUGCAGGUGUUCUCCAGCGAGGGGCAGUUCCGGCUGCGGUUCGGGGUCCGUGGGCGCUCCCCCGGGCAGCUGCAGCGCCCCACGGGGGUGGCAGUGGACUCGGGUGGGGACAUCAUCGUGGCCGACUAUGACAACCGCUGGGUCAGCCUCUUCUCGCCAGAGGGCAAGUUCAAGAGCAAGAUCGGCGCCGGGAGGCUGCUGGGCCCCAAGGGCGUGGCCGUGGACCGCAACGGGCACCUGGUGGUGGCAGACAGCAAAGGCUGCGCCGUGCUCAUCUUCCAGCCCAGCGGCAAACUGCUCACCAAGUUCGGCUCCCGCGGCGCCGCCGACCGCCAGCUGGCAGGGCCUCACUUCGUGGCAGUCAACAGGAAGAACGAGAUUGUGGUCACAGACUUCCACAACCACUCCGUCAAGGUGUACAGCUCGGACGGGGAGUUCCUGUUCAAGUUCGGGUCCCAUGGGGAGGGCAAUGGACAGUUCAAUGCCCCCACCGGGGUGGCAGUGGAUGCCAACGGCAACAUCAUCGUGGCCGACUGGGGCAACAGCCGCAUCCAGGUGUUCGACAGCUCUGGCUCCUUCCUGUCCUACAUCAACACUGCUGCAGAUCCUCUCUACGGCCCCCAGGGGCUGGCACUGGCACCCGAUGGGCACGUCCUGGUGGCUGACUCUGGCAACCACUGCUUCAAGGCCUAUCGCUACCUGCAGUAGCCUGGGCACAUGGGCAUGGCCCUGGCGACCUGGGCACAGCCCUGGGCACAGCCACACAGCCUCUGCGUCAGGAUCUGCGACCUGCAGUAGCCAUGGGCAGGUGGGCACAGCCCUGGGCACGACACAGCCUCUGCUUCAAGGCCUUCUGCUGCCUGCAGCAGCCAUGGGCACAGCCCUGGGGACAUGGGCACAGCCCUGGGCACAGCCACACAGCCUCUGCUUCAGGAUCUGCUACCUGCAGUAGCCAUGGGGACGUUGGCACAGCCCUGGGCACAGCCACACAGCCUCUGCUUCAGGAUCUGCUACCUGCAGUAGCCAUGGGGACGUUGGCACAGCCCUGGGGACAUGGGCACGGCCCUGGGCACAGCAACACAGCCUCUGCUUCGAAGCCUUCUGCUGCCUACAGCAGCCAUGGGCACAGCCCCGGGGACAUGGGCACAGCCCUGGGCACAGUGACACAGCCUCUGCUCCAAAGCCUUCUGCUGCCCACAGCUGCCACCAGUGUGGGCACAGGAGGGCAGCCCUGGGCACAUCAACCUGGGCACAGCUUCCAGACUCAGUGCUGCCUGCAGGAGCCUUGGGGACAGUGACCCAGCCACAGCCUCCAGCUCUGCCACCACCGUGGCACAUGGGCACAGCCCUGGGGACCCCAACCCAAGCACAGCUUCAAGGAUGCCACUACCUGCAGUAGGGCUGGGGACAGCCUUGGGGACACUGGGGACAGCCUUGGGGACACUGGGGGCAGCCAUGGGGACA